GAAAGUAGAGUACAAGGCCAUCGUCACUAUACCAGCGAACAGGAUUCAUGGUCAGAGCCAGUGAGUACUCACAAUUAGAUUUGGCAUACCUAUUUCACUGUGAAAAUGGUGAUUGAGCCCCUUCCUAGGAUCGAUUCAGAAUAUCACCCUAAGGUGGACACACCCAUCGAGGAGCACUUCAUUGGAAUCAAAACAAGCAAGGAGGCCGAAGAACAUGUGAAGGCUGAUGACUUUGCCCUUUACUACAGAAAUGAACGCAGUAACGAUGUUGAUUCGGCUAUACGAUUGUAUUUAGUGCACAGAAACACGAAAAAUGAGGUGUAUCACUUCCCAGUAGUGCGAUGUGAAGAUAAUGGUUUAAAGUGGUGGUUCGUCCAAAUCGGUAACAACAGAAUGCAAUCGUUCCGUCUACUAUCGGAUCUGGUACGAUGUUACCAUUUAUACCGUUUCACGGACGCCCGUAGUGGUCGAAUGGAAGUGUUCCCAUUGUGGCAACCGUUUCACGGACGCCCGUAG